UAGGGAGGGUUGAAAGACUAAAACACGAAAGGCAUGGAAUCUCGGUGGGUGCAGCGAUCGGACUAAGAAAGCAGGAAGGGAGACAUUGUGAGAUGGCCCGACGAAUGACGUUCUGGGCGGAUAGACCUCGUGGGAUCCUGCCACCAAGAAUAUCAGAGGGCAGGGUCGAAAUAAGCCUGCCGGCAAGAAAUACGGUAGGCAAUCCGGUAAUGGACUGGGUGGGGGUAGAGUUGGUGGAAGAUACGGUGUACCUAGUUGUGAAGCUGGAAUGGCGGGCGAGAGGGGAGUUCGGGGGCGUAGACUUGAACCGCCCAGGGCGUGUGCACGCGACAGGAUCCUUACACCUGUCGGAAGAGGGAUGGCGGACCUUUGGGAUUGCUUUGGCUUCCGGGGAUGACCCCGGGGAUGACCCCGUGCGAAUGUUCGAAGGGGCAUGGCAAAUAACCUGGCGGGAGGGGUUUGAGUUUGCAGACCCAGAACGAGACGAUGUAACGGCGGAGGUAAAAGUCGUCGCGGCGGGGGUUUUCGAGCUGCCAAAUGAGGUCGUACGGAUGAAACUAGGCAUAAUGGCAACGGGGGAGGAGACAGAUAACCGUAAGAGUGAAGGAGAACCAGGCUUAGAAGGCAGUGCCGCGCAAAGCGAAGGUUGGCAGAAGGACAGAGAAUCGAUAAAUCCGGAGGGUACCAAAGGGAACCGGAAGGAAAUAUCCACAGGAGAAAGCUCGGGGAAAGCCGGGGGAAGCAGGCAAGGGACCCAGGGGACCAAGGAAGGUAGAAAUAAGGAUAGGACAAGCCCCCGAAACUCGGAAGGAGCCUUGCCUAAGAAAGUAAGGGUCACGGACACAAGGCGCAAACUACCCGAGAUAGACAAGAGGACCGCGGAAUACAAGGCAAGACUGAUUGAGGAAAUGAUGACUGGGAACGAAAAAGGUCCUCUGCAGGAGGAACCCCAGGACGAACGGAAAGCCAGCCAAGGCGAGGCCAGCAGCUCCGAGGGCGGCCUUAAGAAGAUAGUGUCGUCCCUCGCUCGAGCACUAAACAAAAAUCAAGGCUAUCUGGCAGACGCCAAGAAAAAGCUGACUUUCGAUGGAGCAAACAUCACGGAGUUCCUGAUCGACUACGAGAACCUAGCUGCGUUACUAAAGUGGACCGAGGAGGAAAAAAUGGACCACCUAGGACAACAUGUGUCGUUAAGCCUAGGACGGGACAUAAUGGUCAUUGUAGCCGCAAGUCGGUCUUGGAAGGAGACCCGGGAUGUGAUGAUGAGGAAGUACCUAGCGGCGGAGAAAAUGGCAAUGGAGGCCGACCUAGCGGCAGUUCAGAGGAAGAACUUUGCAACGUACAAUGAUUUCCUACGGGAAUUUACUCUAGUAGCACUAAGGAUCCCCGGGGUCACGGACCGGAUAAUGAGCAAAUAUUUCCUCAGGCAGUUCUUCGAGUUCGACAAAGACAAGAUCCUGUCAGCCUACCAACAGACGAGCAAGUUCGUAAACACGCGGGAUGUUGAUUUUAGCACGGUAACAGAUCUGGCUGAGAAAACGGUAGUAACGGAACUGUUGGCAUUGCUCAAGGAAGGAGAGAUCAUUGAUCUGACCGGUAGGACGGGCGACAAGGUAAAGAAGGGGAUUGAAAGUCUACAUGAACGGGUGCACGGGGUCGACAAUAAGAUUGAAAGGAUGGAAGGUGCGCUAAUGGUUAUGCAAGCGCAAGUAUCCCGACCUGCCCUCCCUCCCCAGGAAGCUAUGGUCCCGCCAGCUGUGGCAAACCGGGGAUACGGACGGAGAGAUCCUGCUAACGAGCAAUGCAAGUACUGCACCACGAUAGGACAUUAUGUGCGCGCAUGCCCAAAGCUCAACCAUGAUAUUCUAAAAAGGUGUAGCAGGUCGUUAAAGGGGGAGAUAUUUGGACCACAAGGAGAACGGGUGAACUGGAACUCACCAGGAGGGAUGCGGCCAGCCAUUAUCAUGCUCAACAGGUUAAAAAUAACAGCCGUAGAAGUCGAACCGGUGGGUGAGAUCAUCUGGGAUCAGCUCCGGGGGCGCGGGCCGCAGGCCAACUUUAUUUUGGAAAGCGACGGACGUGAUAGGGUGAACGCAACCACUCGACUGGGAACGGCCGGGAGAAGGAUUAACCGUGACACCAUUAUGGCGGAGGUCGCCGGAAGCUUCGGACCCCAGGCGGAGCCUGAGGCCGAGGAACCAGAAAAAGUCUAUGGGAAGCUUAGGGAAGAGGAGCCUGCGGACAAGGAAGUAACAGGGAGCAUCCGGGGAGCUGGCGGGGAAAUCCCGUUCGCUGGGUACGUCACGAAGUGUGCUGUGAAGGCAGGGGUCAGGGAAUCGAUCUGGUCGUUUCAGUGGAUGACCGUAAUGGAGGAAAUGGACCACGACAUAAUCCUUGGGAGACCGUGGUGCGCGAACGUAGAGAUGAUAGGCAUGCACUUGCACGAUGGCUCGUACAUGGUAGACAUAGAGGACCCUGUGACCGGCCGGGGAGAGCUCCUCCGACUCCUUGGAACGAGAGGAGACCCCCCGAAGGGGAAAUUGGCAACAUGGUUGCCGUCGUUCGAGGAUAGCACGCGGAAAGGGGCUUUCGCACGGAUGGAGGGUAUGAGAGAAAGGGUAGUAAUCAUGAUUGAGGAAGCAUUCAACAAAAAGGAGUGGAUCAAGAUGGGCCUGCCCCAGAAGAAGAGGAGGCCGAAGGACGAAGUCCUAGGUGUUAUGGUAGCGAAGGAGUCAGAGGUCGAACUUGGUGCUAGCCUGUCCAAACGGAAAGAAGUACGCAUAGACGUGCCGGAAAUCGCCCUCGAGAUCCCCGAUCAAUUGCAACUCAUCAAGGCCCUCAAAUACCACAAGGCAGGAGUGGAUUCGGCAGCCUUGGCCAAGUUCGAAAGAGAGGUGCAAAAGGGAUAUUGCCUGAACGGGAAACUAACGUCAAAGGACGAGGCUAUGGAGAAGGAGGAAGAGGUCCUUCGAGUGAUCCGAGAAAGAAGGGCGACGGAGGGACAUCGGAUACCAGAUGAGGUAGCGGACACAAUGAAGAUAGGGAUAAACGAGUUCUUAACGGAAGAAGAAACCCGCCUGAUCAAAAGGACCUGCCAGGAGUUUCACUUGGCAUUUGCCUUUAGUGAUCACCGGAAGGGACGACUGGAUGCGAAGUUGAUCCCUCCGGUCAGAAUCCACACGGUAGAACAUGAGCGCUGGAAUGAUAAGGGGCCAUCCUAUGAAUUUGGGAUAGCAGGAGAAGUAACAGACCUCCUCCGAGCGAAGAUGGACUCCUUCGUUGCGGAGCCUACGACAUCGUCAUGCGCAAAUCGGUGGUUCGUCUUUCGGAAGCCUAACAAGACGCUAAGGUGGAUUCAGGACCUGCAGAAGUUGAAUGCGGUAACCAUCCGGGAUGCUGGCUCGCUACCUCAGGCUGACUUAUUAGCAGAAUCGCACGUCGGUCGGAGCAUUUACUCCUUGAUAGAUCUGUACUCAGGGUACGACCAGCUUCCAUUGGAUGUUCGGGACAGGCCAUACACCGCUAUGCACACCCCCGUAGGCCAGCUACAGAUGCAAGUGACACCUAUGGGAUUCACAAACGCGGUGGCCGAAGCACAACGCAGGAUGCUCAUUGUGGUCGGGGACAUGCUCCCAGAAAAAUGUGAACCUUACAUCGAUGACAAUCCGAUCAAAGGCGCGCAGGAGAAGGACGAGACAGAAGUCCAGCCAGGGAUCCGACGUUUUGUGUGGGACCACCUGCAGGACAUCAAGGAUUUACUCCGACGGUUCCUAGUAUACAACAUUACGGCUAGUGGACCGAAGAGUAUCCUAGCAGUACCGGAGGUAACUAUACUAGGAUUUCGUGGCGGUGCUUACGGCAGGAAGCCGGAUCCGGCAAAAAUCGACAAGAUAUCUCAAUGGCCGACACCGUUGCGCACGACAACGAAGGUAAGGGCAUUCCUAGGCGUAGUCGGCUUUUGGAGGAUCUUCAUUAAGAACUUUGCCAAGAUUGCUGAGCCUAUCCGGACUCUGAUCAGGGAAGAAGGAACCAUGGAUUGGACGGAGGAGCGAGAAGGAGCCGUCCAAAGGCUCAAGUUCAUAUUGACAUCUGAGACGUCGCCCUGUACGCGCCUUGUUUUAAUGACGAAGUGGGACGACCCUUUCAUCCUAGAGACGAAUGGAGGACCCUUGGUCGUAGAAGGUGUGUUCAUUCAAAGGGAUGAGGGAGGAAAAGAGAGGCCGAUUAGGUUCAAAAGUAGAACCCUUAACUCCGCAGAACGGCGGUACUCGCAAUUCAAGGGAGAAGUCCUAGCCAUCCUGCAUUGCCUUAAGACCUUCCAGGCCUACCUAUUUGGGAGGCGGUUCAUCUUAAGGAUCGAUCCGACGAAUGUCGCAGGGGCUCUGAAGAAUUACAGGCCUAUAGAUCCGGCGGUAGGGAGAUGGGUAGGAUUCAUCUGGCAGUUCGAUUACAAGAUCGAACGGAUUGCUGGAAUCCGCAACAAGGCAUAUGGGCUGAGUCGGGUUUGCAUCACUCCCGAAGGGCUGGCGGAUGCAGAGCCCAUAGACGCCUUCCUCGAAUACGAAGGAGGGACUAUCGCGAUGGAUAACGAAAUGAUGAGCGAGGGACGCACGUCGAUAGAACUAUUGAUCCAGACUUUGGAGAAGGGGGCACCUGCCGUAGUAGCAGAACUGACAGAAGGACCAGUCACCACUCGAUAGUAGGACCGAAGGAGGAGCUAAUAGCAAUGGCGGUCGAAGGAGGCCGGGAAGCAGUGAUAAGCUUAGUGGA